AUGGCGUGUCACUAUUGGCUUGCUUGCUGGAUUGAUCCACACGGCAGUCAACGUCAACAUCACUUGUCCUCCUCUGCUACUUCGUGCCAUCAGUUCGUGAAGACUAUACUGGGCGUCCGCGCGGCGCGCAUAAAGUACCGCAUCUUCGCGCCCGUCAUGUCCGGCAAUCCCGACUUUGACCGCGUCAUCCGCGUGCAGGCCAACUUCGUCGAGCAGUUUCCGUCAUUUAUCACGGCCAUGUUCCUCUGCACGCUGUUUGAAGGCGGUACAGUGGCAGCAGCACUGGGUGCUGUGUGGGUGGUCUGUCGUGCCGCACAUGGGGAGCGGUAUAGUGCACGCAAGCUAGGGUAUGAUAUAUACUGGUACACUGGACCUCAGUAUGCGGUGAUUGCUACCAUGUACCUGCUGCCCCUAUUCAGAAUCAUUCCCACACUUUUUUAG